AUGUCGGACUUUUCACCAACUCCCAGCAUAUCGCUGGACUAUUCGUCCCUACAUGACGCAUUACCUCCACAUUUCAUCGGACUAAACUCGAUAUCGGAAGCAGAACCUUCAAAAGUUACCGACUUUGUCAAAUCGCACCAGGGCCACACCGUGAUCUCGCGAGUGUUGAUUGCCAACAAUGGUAUCGCCGCAGUGAAGGAGAUCAGAUCAGUAAGGAAAUGGGCCUACGAGACAUUUGGCGACGAACGCGCCAUUCAGUUCACCGUCAUGGCCACACCCGAGGAUCUCGAGGCAAAUGCGGAGUACAUUAGAAUGGCCGACCAAUUUGUCGAAGUUCCCGGUGGCACCAACAACAACAACUAUGCAAAUGUCGAUUUGAUUGUUGAAAUUGCCGAAAACUCCAAUGUCCACGCCGUGUGGGCCGGCUGGGGUCACGCUUCGGAAAACCCCUUGUUGCCCGAGAAAUUGGCUGCGUCUCACAAGAAAAUUGUAUUUAUUGGGCCCCCAGGUUCGGCCAUGAGGUCGUUGGGGGAUAAAAUAUCUUCAACUAUAGUGGCCCAGCAUGCUGACGUGCCCUGCAUACCUUGGUCGGGGACAGGUGUCGACGAAGUCGAAGUCGACAGCGAGACAAACUUGGUUUCCGUUAGCGAGCAUGUCUAUGCCAAGUGUUGUUGCACGGGACCAGAGGAUGGGUUGAUAAAAGCCCGCCAGAUUGGAUUCCCCGUGAUGAUUAAAGCUUCUGAAGGUGGCGGUGGUAAGGGUAUCAGAAAAGUUGAAUCUGAAGAAAAUUUCAUGCAACUAUACCAUCAAGCCGCUAACGAGAUUCCCGGAUCCCCCAUCUUUAUCAUGAAGUUGGCUGGCGAUGCGCGUCAUUUGGAAGUGCAACUCUUGGCGGAUCAGUAUGGUACCAACAUCUCCUUAUUUGGAAGAGAUUGCUCGGUGCAAAGAAGACACCAAAAGAUUAUAGAAGAAGCACCCGUGACUAUUGCCAAAAAGGAGACCUUUACCGAAAUGGAGCAAGCCGCAGUAAGAUUGGGUAAACUUGUCGGGUAUGUCAGUGCCGGUACUGUGGAGUACUUGUACUCGCACUCAGAUGACAAGUUUUACUUUCUCGAGUUGAACCCACGGUUGCAAGUUGAGCACCCAACCACAGAAAUGGUAACGGGGGUCAAUUUGCCAGCUGCCCAGUUACAAAUCGCUAUGGGUAUUCCCAUGCAUAGAAUUAGAGACAUUAGAUUGUUGUACGGGGCUGAUCCACACUCGGCCACCGAGAUUGACUUUGAAUUUAGCACCGAAGACUCACUCGUGAACCAGCGAAGACCAGCUCCCAAGGGCCACUGUACUGCGUGCCGUAUAACCUCGGAAGAUCCCGGUGAAGGCUUCAAACCUAGUGGUGGCUCCUUGCAUGAGUUGAAUUUUAGAUCCUCGUCAAACGUUUGGGGCUACUUUUCCGUUGGUAACCAGUCCUCAAUCCAUUCCUUUUCCGAUUCGCAGUUUGGCCACAUUUUUGCAUUUGGCGAAAAUCGUCAAGCUUCGAGAAAGCAUAUGGUUGUUGCGUUGAAGGAGUUGAGCAUUCGAGGCGAUUUCAGAACCACUGUUGAGUACUUGAUCAAAUUAUUGGAGACUCCCGAAUUCGAGGACAACAAGAUCACAACCGGUUGGUUGGACGAGUUGAUCACCAAGAAAUUGACCGCUGAACGACCCGAGCGAGUUGUUGCGGUUGUUUGUGGUGCCAUUGCCAAGGCUCACAUGCAAGCCGACGAAGAGCGGAAAGACUAUAUUCAAUCAUUAGAGAGGGGACAAGUUCCUCACAAGGAUUUGCUAAGAACCAUCUUCCCCAUUGAUUUCAUUUAUGAAGGCGAGAGGUAUAAAUUUACCGCGACAAAGUCUUCCGACGACAAGUAUACUCUAUUCCUCAAUGGUUCAAGCUGCACUGUUGGUGCUCGCCCCUUGUCUGACGGAGGCUUGUUGUGCGCCUUGGGUGGCAAAUCUCAUGCCGUUUACUGGAAAGAGGAAGCCUCUGCUACAAGGUUAUCUGUUGACGGAAAGACGUGUCUUUUGGAAGUUGAGAACGACCCGACGCAAUUGCGUACGCCAUCGCCAGGUAAAUUGGUUAAAUAUUUGGUUGAGAGUGGAGACCAUGUUAGUGCAGGCGAGCCAUACGCCGAGGUUGAAGUUAUGAAAAUGUGUAUGCCCCUUAUUGCUCAAGAAAAUGGCAUGGUGCAAUUGAUAACCCAGCCAGGCUCCACAGUUAACGCGGGAGACAUUCUUGCCAUACUUGCGUUGGAUGAUCCAAGCAAAGUGAAACACGCCAAACCAUACGAGGGGACUUUACCGCAAAUGGGUGCCCCAAAUGUUCGAGGCUCCAAACCAGCCCACAAGUUUUCUCAAUACUCGACAAUUUUAAGAAACAUCUUGGCUGGGUACGAUAACCAGGUCAUUAUGAACUCCACGUUAAAGAAAAUCGUCGAAGUGUUGAAGAAUAAGGACUUGCCCUAUUCGGAGUGGCAGCAAUCAAUCUCGGCGUUGCAUUCGAGGUUGCCAGCAAAGUUGGAUGAAGCAUUAACCGCAUUGAUAGAAAGAACGCAAUCGAGAAACGCCGAUUUCCCCGCGCGCCAGAUUUUAAAGCAAAUCAGCAAAGUCAUUAUCGAGUCCAAAGAUGAUUUGAUGAAGGAUACGGUUGCUCCAUUAACCGCGAUAGCCACGAGAUACCAAGGUGGGUUGCUUGAACACGAGUACGACUUUUUUGCAUCCUUAAUCAAUGAGUAUUAUGAUGUCGAGUGCUUGUUCUCCGGCGACAAUGUCCGGGAUGAUGCCGUGGUUUUGCAAUUGAGAGACGAAAACAAAACCGACCUCAAAAAAGUUGUCGAUAUCUGCUUGUCGCAUUCUCGAGUAUCUGCCAAAAACAACUUGAUCAUUGCUAUUUUAGAAGAAUACCAGCCGCUUUUGCAAUCCAACUCGAUUGUUGCCUCGUCUAUAAGAGAGUCCUUGAAGAAAUUGGUGCUGUUGGAUUCCCGCAGCUGCUCAAAAGUCGUUUUGAAAGCAAGAGAGAUUUUAAUCCAAUGCUCGCUUCCUUCAAUCAAGGAAAGGUCUGAUCAAUUGGAGCACAUUCUAAGGUCGGCUGUGUUGGAGACCUCAUAUGGAGAAAUGUACGCCAAGCAUCGUGAACCCAAAUUGGACAUUAUUCAAGAAGUGGUGGACUCCAAGCAUACCGUGUUUGACGUUUUAUCUCAGUUUCUUGUUAAUAGUGACGAGUGGGUUGCAAUUGCAGCUGCCGAAGUCUAUGUCCGACGCUCGUAUCGUGCAUACCAAUUGGGCCAAAUACAAUACCACUUCCAUGACCGGUUGCCCAUAAUAGAAUGGAAGUUUACCUUGCCCAAUGUUUCCAACUCGCAGUUCAACAACAAUAUACAACUGCAAUCGACCAUAGAAGAAAGCACUGCUUUGAAGCACGCUGCCUCCGUUUCGGACUUGUCGUUUGUCGUAGAUUCAAGGACGGAGCAUUUGACCAGAAUCGGGGUGCUCGUCCCUUGUCGGCACCUCGAUGACGCCGACGACAUGAUCAGCGCGGCAUUGGAAAAGAUUGAACCCGUCGACGCCAUUUCCUUCCAAGCGGGCGGCGAAGAUCACCCAGAACUAUUAAACGUUUUAAACGUUGUUAUCAACAAUAUUGACGGGUACGCCAGCGAGGAUGAGUGUGUCGCUAGAGCUCAAGAGAUUGUUGAUGAGUACAGCGAUGACUUUUUGGGCGCGGGUAUCCGCCGAGUGUCGUUUGUAUUUGCCCAUGACAUUGGUUCUUAUCCAAAGUACUAUACAUUCACCGGUCCGCUAUACUUGGAGAACAAGGUGAUUAGACAUAUUGAGCCCGCUUUGGCGUUUCAAUUGGAGUUGGGAAGAUUAGCUAAUUUCGAUAUCAAGCCCAUCUUCACCAACAAUAGAAAUAUCCACGUUUACGAAGCAGUGGGCAAGAAUUCCCCGUCCGAUAAGCGAUUUUUUACUAGAGGUAUUAUUAGAACUGGUGUUAUCAAGGACGAUAUCAGCAUCUCGGAGUAUUUGAUUGCCGAAUCGAACCGUUUAAUGAGUGACAUCUUGGACACCAUGGAGGUGAUUGACACUUCCAAUUCGGACUUGAACCAUAUUUUCAUCAAUUUUUCAAACGUUUUCAACGUGCAGCCAGCAGAAGUUGAGGCUGCGUUUGCAUCAUUCUUGGAGAGAUUUGGAAGAAGGUUAUGGAGGCUUCGGGUAACGGGUGCCGAAAUCAGAAUCGUUUGCAUUGACCACGAGGGAAACUCUUUCCCCCUUAGGGCAAUCAUCAACAAUGUCUCUGGGUACGUUGUCAAGUCUGAUCUUUACAUGGAAGUAAAGAAUCCAAAGGGCCAAUGGGUGUUCAAGUCCAUUGGCCAGUUUGGCCCCAUGCAUUUGAGACCAAUUUCCACAGCUUAUCCUGUCAAGGAGUCAUUGCAGCCAAAGCGUUACAAGGCACACAAUAUGGGAACGACCUAUGUCUACGAUUUUCCCGAGUUGUUCCGCCAAGCUACGCUUUCGCAAUGGAAGAAGCACGGCAAGAAAGCGCCAAGGGAUGUCUUUAGCUCGCUGGAGUUGAUUACCGACGAUAAUGGCGGUCUUGCCGCGUUGCUGAGAGAACCGGGCUCCAACAAGAUUGGAAUGGUUGGCUUUUUGGUCAAUGCAAAGACACCGGAGUACCCACGCGGGCGUCAAUUUGUCAUUGUUGCCAACGACAUUACCCACAAGAUUGGAUCGUUUGGACCUGAAGAAGAUACCUAUUUCAACAAGUGCACUGAGUUGGCCAGGAAAUUGGGAAUUCCACGAAUCUAUCUCUCGGCAAACUCGGGAGCCAGAAUCGGUGUUGCCGAAGAGUUGAUCCCCUUGUUCCAAGUUGCUUGGAACGUUGAAGGAGCACCCGAAAAGGGGUUCAGGUACUUGUACUUGAGCCCUGAAGCGAAAAAGGCAUUGGACGAAGAAGGUAAAGGAAACACAGUGAUUACAGAACGAGUAGUAGAGGACGGGGUUGAGCGGUUUGUCAUCAAAACCAUUAUUGGUGCCGAGGACGGCUUGGGUGUGGAGUCUCUUCGAGGCUCGGGACUUAUUGCCGGUGCCACUUCGCGUGCUUACAAGGACAUUUUCACUAUUACCUUGGUAACUUGCAGAUCCGUCGGUAUUGGUGCCUAUUUGGUCAGAUUAGGUCAAAGAGCUAUCCAGAUUGAAGGCCAGCCAAUCAUCUUGACCGGUGCUCCUGCCAUCAACAAGUUGUUGGGAAGAGAAGUGUACUCAUCCAACUUGCAAUUGGGUGGUACCCAGAUUAUGUACAAGAAUGGUGUUUCGCAUUUGACGGCGAAUGAUGAUUUGGAAGGUGUUGAAAAAAUCUUAGAGUGGCUCUCGUUUGUGCCCGCAAAGAGAGGAAUGCCCGUGCCAAUACUAGACUCAGAGGACCCUUGGGACAGAGAUGUUGGUUAUUUCCCUCCCAAGCAGGAAGCGUUUGACGUCAGGUGGAUGAUUGAAGGUAAAGAGACCGAUGGCGAGUUUGAAUCAGGAUUAUUUGACAAGGGUUCAUUCCAAGAAACAUUGUCUGGUUGGGCCAAAGGUGUUGUAGUUGGAAGAGCGCGUCUUGGUGGUAUUCCAAUAGGUGUCAUUGCCGUUGAAACUAGAACCAUUGAGAACAAAAUCCCGGCUGACCCUGCCAACCCAGACUCAAAUGAAAACUUGGUUCAAGAAGCAGGACAGGUUUGGUACCCCAAUUCUGCAUUCAAGACAGCUCAAGCCAUCAAUGACUUCAAUAACGGUGAGCAGUUGCCCUUGAUGAUCAUGGCCAACUGGAGAGGCUUCUCUGGUGGCCAAAGAGACAUGUACAAUGAGGUUUUGAAAUAUGGGUCCUUCAUAGUGGAUGCCUUGGUUGACUUUAAGCAGCCAAUCUUUACCUAUAUCCCACCAUUUGGUGAGUUGAGAGGUGGUUCUUGGGUCGUGGUUGACCCAACAAUCAAUGCCGAUAUGAUGGAGAUGUACGCCGACGUCGACUCGCGCGCCGGUGUCUUGGAGCCCGAAGGAAUGGUUGGUAUCAAAUACAGACGCGACAAGUUGUUGGCCACGAUGCGCAGACUAGACUCCACCUACAAGGACCUCAAGGCCAAAUUGAGUGAUCCAAAUAUAUCGUCCGCGGAGCAGUCCAAGAUCACGGCCAAGAUCACCGCUAGGGAAAAGGCAUUGCUUCCAAUUUACACCCAAAUUUCAGUUCAAUUUGCAGACUUGCACGAUAGCUCAGGACGUAUGUUGGCAAAAGGUGUGAUUCGAAAGGAGAUUGAAUGGGUCCAUGCCAGAAGGUUCUUCUUCUGGAGGCUCCGCCGUAGACUAAAUGAAGAAUACGUGUUGAAGUUGAUUGGAGACGAAACUAAAAAGGCCAGCAAGUUGGAGAAAGUUGCUCGACUCAAGAGUUGGAUGUCGCUGUCUGUGGACUACGAAAAUGACCAAGCUGUAAGUGAGUGGAUUGAAGAUCACCAUUCGCAACUUUCCAAGAGAUUAGAUGAGUUGAAAAAAGAGGUUGCCCUUUCGGAAUUGGUCUCUUCCAUGAAAUUGGAUCCAAACAUGGCGUUGGUUGCGUUGAAGGAGUUUGCCGAGGGACUUUCGGGAAAAGACAAAGAGGAGUUGAUGAAGUCGAUCAAGAGAUGA